UAAUCUAUCGCUAAUCGGUCUAGAUUCACAACAAUAAAAAUAAUAUAAAUACAUUGACAAAUUUGAAAGGGCAAAGGCGUCCUGAAAUAAUCGAAUAGGAGGUUCGUACAGCCGUGUAAACACGAGUAGUGUGUUAAUUAUCAGACGGUCGGCAGUUCGCUCGGACGAAUUGACAGAUUGUUUUGUGAUUUGUUGCGGUGAUUUCUUCUCGAAAGAGAAGAGUAGUCGGACUGAAACUGCAGUCGCUACGCGGACGAAAGGUUUGAAGACAGUUCUUCUCUAGGGUGUAAAAAUGGAGGAAAAACGAGAGGCGAAUCUCGAUAGCGAGCGUGGGUUCUCGGAGAGUACGGAGGAUAUAAUAAUCAACGAAGUCGACGGCUUGCCGAACCUGCAUCCCAAUUAUCAACAGCUUGUACUGGAAUUGGAAUCCGACAAGGGUCGCGGGGAUGCGAGCUUGAGAACGAUAGACGAAUUAGUCAAAGACGAGGAUCUCCCGACUUCAGUGAUUGUCACCAAUGUAGACCCCAGAGUUUUCAAAGACCCUCAGAUAAUGAGCGGCAUAGAAACACUAUUCAAACAGUUCGGAGAAGACGCCACGUUUCAGUACUUCAGAUCUUUCAGACGAAUGAGGGUCAACUACAGUUCGCCCAGUGCCGCUGCUCAUGCCAGGAUACAGCUGCAUCAAACACGUUAUGGAGAGACGGAUAUCAACUGCUUCUUUGCUCAACCUGUCACGCCAAUAGAUAUGGAAGAUCAGCAUCUCCACCCGCCAGCACCAACUAAACAGUUCCUAAUUUCACCUCCGGCAUCACCGCCAGUUGGGUGGGAGCCUCGGGAAGAAGGCGAGCCGCUCGUAAACCAUGACUUACUCGCAGCAAUUGCCAACCUAUCACCAGGUGCGACCCACGAACUCCAUCCAGGCGGAUCUGGUCAACCUGGUAUAGUUGUUCACGUCUGUGAGACAACGAACCCAAUGAAAAGUGGUGCUCGUAUACAGCACACACGUUGUCCAGAGUAUUAACUUAUCGUGAAGUUUUAAUUUCUCAUUUUUAUUGGUCGUCCAUUGGACGAUAUUGAAUUGCUUACUCCAUCCAAACGGCGAGAAGAGAAUUAAUAAUCAUAAAUUAUCGCAUAGCGAAGUCAUGUUUUGCAACAGAUAAGAUAAUAUAUGGUGUUUACAAUAAAAGCUUUAACAAAUCUGUAAAUAAGGAGAAAAAUAGGUAAUUUAAAAUUGUUAUUUAUCGCAAUUUUCAAAUGGUGCACCAAACAUACGUUGCCAUGAAAUCGUUCAUUGAGUAUUUAUUGUAAAGCUUGAGUAGUGUAAAAUAGGACUUUCUUGUUACGGCAAAUUGAUAUUUUGCUUAAGUUUAAUUUGUAUAAUAAUGCUUAAUUUUUCUUCUUGUUUGUUACGAGAACAUAUAUUUUGUCGAUUUCUUCAAGUAUAUUCCUUCGAUUUCCGGAUAGGAAGAAUUGAAAUAUCUCAAUUUACUGAAAUAUUGAUCUUAUGCUCGUUCGAAAUUUGCGAAAACAUAGUUGACUUGGAUGAUCAUUCGAAAGUUGCAUGUAACUUAGGGUACGGUAAAUUACUGGUUCUAGCUAGCACUUUGACAAAAUAUGGCUUAGCAUUGCAUUGCCCCCCCCCCCCCCCCCCAAUCCUUUAAUACUAAUCGUUAGUUGUCUCGACGUCAUUACCAGGGAUAACAUUUGUUAUUAUUACGAUCAAUAUUAUUUUUGUUAAUGCUCAAAAGCUAAGCGAACUCGAGAAUCUUUUCUAUAUUUCAAUGUUAACUAUUGAAAUUGUAAUAAUCAUUAUUAGUCGAAAUAUUUCAAUUAUUAAACGUUGAUUACAAUGUUCGGAGAAAUGUCAUACGUAUUUGCUAGAUACAUAUUUAGAACAGUUCCACAACGCUAGACCAGGUCUUAUUACAUGUUUAAAUCUCACAGUUAGGUAUUA